AUGCCGUCCGCAUCGCAAUCACAACCCUCCUCGCAACAGUCCUUUACGAUGAGCCAGCAAUCUCAGGGUGGCUACCGCGCCUAUGGAGGGGACUCCAGGCUCGCCAAUGAGGCGCCGCAGAUCUACAGCGCCGUCUACUCCGGCGUCGACGUUUACGAAAUGGAAGUCAACGGUGUCGCCGUUAUGCGCAGGCGGCAAGACAGCUGGCUCAAUGCGACCCAGAUCCUCAAGGUGGCCGGCGUCGAUAAGGGAAAGCGCACCAAGAUCCUCGAAAAGGAAAUCCAGACUGGCGAACACGAGAAGGUCCAAGGAGGUUACGGCAAAUACCAGGGCACCUGGAUCAAGUUCGAGCGCGGCGUCGAAGUCUGCCGCCAGUAUGGCGUUGAGGAGGUGCUGCGUCCACUGUUGACGUACGACAUGGGCCAAGAUGGCGGAGUCGCAGGCCGUGGGGAUUUCAACACGCCGACCAAGGAACAGGCCAUGGCUGCCCAGAGGAAGCGGCUAUACAACGCAGGAAACGAGGCGAGGACGAAUGGCAUGGCUGGGCUCAACGGCACCUUUUUCAAGAACAUCUCGGCCACUGCGUCGCACGCCGUCGCCGCUAUCAGCAAGGCGCGCUUCGACUCUCCCGGCCCGAGGAGCCGCAACGGUCCGACCAAGGCCCCCAGCUUCAGCCGACAAAGCUCCAUGCAGAACGGCGAUGACUUCCCCGGCAACUCCCAGCAGAGCUUUGCCUCGGACUAUGGAAACCAGAACGAUUCGGCAUACUCAACACAGCAAACGAGCCAGCAGUUUGCUGACGGCCCCGAGCCCCCACGUAAGCGCCAGCGUGUGACCAUGACUCCGCAAGAUAGCUUUGGAGGAUACAGCAACUCGAUCGAGAUGUACCAAAACAACUUCCCCGGCUCGCCUACGGAACCCAACGAGUCCUUUAUCUACUCUCAGGCGAAUCCUCCUGCGCACGACGGUUACAGCCCGCUAAGCCCCCUGCCAUUCGAGAUGUCCCCCGACGCCGAGUCUAAGCGGAGCAUGCUGAUGAGCCUCUUUAUGGAUUCGGCCACUUCAGACCAGUCCAAGCAUGAGAUGCUACGGACGUUGGCUCCUAUAGAACUGGAUAUGCCCAUUGACCAACAAAGCCACACUGCUCUUCACUGGGCCGCCACGUUAUCACGCAUGUCGCUGUUGCGCGCCUUGAUUGCGGCAGGCGCAAGCCCCUUCCGUGUCAAUGCCUCGGGGGAGACGGCCCUUGUCAGGGCGUGUGUAGUGACGAAUUCCAUGGAUCUGGGGCAGUUCCCCGAACUCCUCGAUGUCCUCGGAGGCACCAUUGAGGUUCGUGACAGCAAAGGACGCACCGUGCUGCAUCACAUUGCCAUGACGAGUGCUGUCAAAGGCAGAAACGCGGCCAGCCGGUACUACCUCGAAAGUCUUUUGGAAUGGGUGGUGAGGCAAGGCAGCAACCCCAGCGGCCAGGCGGCUACCAACGGAAAGGGGGACAGCGCGCCAGCCAGCUCGCAGUCCCAACCGCAAUCACAGCCCAAGAUGGGUAUUGCGCGCUUCAUGACGGAGAUUGUCAACGCGCAAGACCACGCCGGCGAUACGGCUCUGAACAUUGCUGCGCGGAUAGGUAACAGAAGCAUCAUUUCACAGUUGUUGGAGGUCGGCGCCGAUCCCAACAUUGCCAACCGCGCCGGUCUCCGGCCUGUGGACUUUGGUAUCGGGGGUGAUGCCACAGAGGACGGCUCAAAGAUCCUCAACGGAGGCAACGACGCCAGUACCAACGAGGCGAACGGCGAUGUCGAGAAGAACGGAGCCGUCACCAGCGAGCGGACGAAGGAGAGCAGCGACGACAUAAUUUCUUCCAUCACACAUCUUCUUAACGAAGCAAGCUCCACCUUCCAGGGUGAAGUCAAGACAAAACAAGCCGUCAUCGAGUCCCUCCACUCGACACUUCGCACCACCUCGGCACAACUAGGCGAGGCCAGGAGGAACCUCGAAGCCAUGCAGGCGACGCUGCGGAAACAGCAGCUGGCGCGGCAAAAGGUGUCGAACCUCAGCCACGCCCGCGAAGAAGAACAGGUGCGCCUCACGCAGGAGCAAAACCGCGCCGGCCGGACCGACUCCCUCUCUUCAUCGUGGGAGACGGAGCUCAGCGCUGCGCUCGAGACGGCGGGCACCAACGGCGAGGGCGGCCUGCUGCCCUCGGCGGCGGUCCUCAAGGCGCGGCUUAACGCCGUGUCUGCGAGGAGAGACGUCACCCGCAAGAUGGCGGGCGCGCUCAAAGGGCGGAGCAAGGACCUCGAGGUCAAGUACCGGCGCGUGGUGGCAAUGUGCACGGGGGAGCCCGAGGACCAGGUCGACGCCGUGGUCGACGGGCUGCUACGGGCGGUGGAGAGCGAAAAGGGCGAGCUGGAGGUGGAGCGCGUCAGACGGUUCCUCGGCGGCGUCGAGGGCGUGGUGCAUUGA